AUGAGGUCGCCCUAUUUCCCAGCGAGGUCGGUUCUGUUCCACAAGGAGCCCAACGACGUGACGUACCGGGUCCCGGCGCUGCUCUACCUGUCCCGCUCCAGGUGUUUCCUGGCCUUCUGUGAGGAGAGACUCAGCCCGUCAGACUCUCAGGCUCACCUGCUGGUCCUGAGGAAAGGAACCUUCUACAGGAACUAUGUGGAGUGGGAGGACAUGCGUGUCCUGGGAACAGCCUUCCUGCCGGGUCACCGCUCCAUGAACCCGUGUCCCGUGUACGAUGAGUUCACAGGGACUCUCUUCUUGCUCUUCAUCGCCGUCCUGGGCCACACCUCCGAGUCCUACCAGCUGGUGACGGGCAAGAACGUGACCCGGCUCUGCUGCAUCAGCAGCACCGACGAAGGAGACACAUGGAGCCCCGUCACAGACCUGACCCAGAGGGUCAUAGGAGACACCAUCAGAGAAUGGGCCACGUUCGCUCUGGGCCCGGGCCACGGCAUCCAGCUGAAGUCGGGCCGCCUGCUGGUUCCCGCCUACGCCUACCACAUCGAGUGCAAAGAGUGCUUCGGCCAGCUGUGCCAGACCACGCCGCACGCCUUCUGCUUCCACAGCGACACCCACGGGCGGACCUGGCGGUUCGGGGAGGCGGUGCCGGUGCCCGAGAGCGUGGAGUGUCAGAUGGUGUCUGUGGACGAGGAGGACGGCACCAACGUGUUGUACUGUAACGCCCGCAGCCCGCUGGGCUACCGGGUGCAGGCCCUCAGCCUGGACGACGGGGCGGUGUUUCAGGAGGGGCAGCUGGUGCAGCGGCUGGUGGAGCCUAGAAACGGUUGCCAUGGCAGCACUGUGGGGUUUCCCGCCCCUUUACACUUAUGUCAUUCUCUGGAACAUCACCUGCACCAACCUGAGCAUCGCUCCAGACACUGGACCUCCUGCACCACCAACACCUCCAACACCUCCACCUCUGGCCCCAGCAGCUCCUCCACCCAUCCAGACUUCCUCACCCCCACCUGGGUGGUGUACUCCCACCCCACAUGGACCACCGCACGCAAGGACCUGGGCAUAUUCCUGAGCCCGUUCCCUCGUGACCCGGACAGCUGGCGUGGCCCCUGGGUGAUCUACGAGGGCCCCAGCGCCUACUCCGACCUGGCCUACCUGGAGCUGCCGCCCUCGCCCGGCGCUCCGCCCGCCGUGGCCUUCGCCUGCCUGUUUGAGUGCGGAACCAAAACGGCCUACGACGAAAUCUGCUUCAGCAUCUUCACGCUCUACGAGCUGAUUGAUAAUCUGCCCCGCGAGGUGCAGCUGGGAAAUAAUAAUCAUAAAAGUAAAAGACAGCAGAAUGAAGUCUCUGACUGUAGGAGAGGACACGACGCUCAGAGAGAAGCAGUUUACAAUCAAAUGCCUCGAAUGAAGAAGAGGAAGAAGAAGAGCAAGUUGACUGAGAUGUGCCCUGUGUCUUAA